GUUGAGCACAGCUGAUUUGGCAACACUAACAAAACGAUUUGAAAGUGUUUUUAUUUUGACAUGGUCAAGUUGAAAAAGACGGGAGCGCAGCCACCUAAAAAGCCACUCAGCCGCAAGGAACUGCGCAAGCUAAAGCAGGAGACGAAAAAAAAUAACAAGAGGAUCUACCAUGCGGACAAGGUAAAUGGCGCCCAACGUGUAGCCGAGGCGGCAGCGGCUGCGGCAUUAGCAGCGAGUAAAACUGGCAAGAAAAAGAAAAAACCCAAAAAGAAGCAGCUAAAACCAGAAGAAAUUUCUCGGGAAGAGCUGCUGGCCGGCGAAGUAGACGAGGAUGAUGAUGAAUCAAUUGGCUCGGAUUUCAGUGAUGCGGAAGUGGAUGCUCGCUUGCCAGCAGCUCGCAAAGUAGAGGUAUACGACCUAGUAAGCAAGAAGCCUAAAAAGCACGCGGGCAUCCAGCGGCAGGACGAGGUUGAAGUACGGAAUCGAGAGUUGCGUCAACAAAAAGAGCUGCUCAGCAAAUCGCGGAAGCAGCGAAUGAAGCAAUUGAAGCUAGAGAAUGAAGAGGAGGAUAAGGAAAUUGCCAAGCUUGAGAAAAAACUGAAGCUCAAUAAGACCAAGGACAAGAAUCGUUCGGUACGCAAAAUGUUCAACGAUGGAUUGGACUAUUUGCUUGAUUUCGUGUUGGACGACGAGGAAGAGAAGCAGAAAUGGGAGGAGAAACAACGUCGAAAGAAGGAGCUUAAGGAACAGCAGGCGAAGGAAGAAGCAGGUAUGUGGAGCGACGAAGAAGAUGAGCCAAUGGAUAUGCCAGACGAGGAUAGCGAAAUGGAGGAAGAUGAUGCCGAUGAGCCGUUGACGGAUGAAGAUGAAGUGGAGGAGGACGCAGAAGACUUAGAAUCAAAUAGUGAUAACGAACAGGAUACAGGAACGAAAGAGACAAAAUACAAGGAAGACAUUUACGGUCGUCGCCUUGAUGCCGAGGGCAACAUUGUACCUGAUACUGGAGAGGUGGAGGCUAAGGUGACCGGGCAGAAAUAUAUACCUCCACAUCAACGCGCGCUACUCGCCGCCAGCGAGGGCUCCAGCGCCCAACAGGCGGAGCAACUGGCACGCCUGCAGAAACAAUGCAAGGGUUUGCUCAACCGUCUGUCCGAGGCGAACCUUCACAAGAUUUCUAGUGGCAUCGAAACGUUAUACAUGAAGAACUCCCGCUACAACAUGAAUGAAACGCUGACAAGACUGCUGCAGGAGGCAUUGCUUGGUCGAUCACGUGCCAACGAGCGCAUGGUGCAGGAGCACAUGGUGUUGCUAGCAUUUCUGCAUGCUCACAUUGGCAGCGAGAUCGGUGCGCAUUUUUUGCAAACUUUCGUCGAACAAUUCGAUGGCUUUGUGAAGGAGAUUGACACAUUGGAGGUGGAGGAUAAGCGUCUAAAUAAUUUGGUGCUCGUCCUCUGCUACAUGUACAUCUUUAAGAUCUACGAGCAGCGCUUGCUACUGGAGCUGAUUGCUCGCCUUGCGGGUAGACUGUGUGAGAAGUCGGUUGAGUGUCUGCUCCUGAUCUUCCAAACCGUUGGAUUUAGGUUACGAAAAGACGAUCCAUUGGCCUUUAAGAACAUGAUGCAGAACGUGCAGUCGCAAAUCGCGUCAUCGCCAUUGGAGCUAAAGGAGAAUCCUCGCUUACGCUUUAUGGUUGACAUUCUCAAUGCCGUGAAGAACAACAACAUGAGCAAGUUGCCUCAGUAUGAUCCUGAGCUAGCAGAGACGCUUCGAAAGCGCCUCAAGGCAAUGCUACGCAAUGAUCGUUAUGUGGUCACACUGAAUAUCACCCUGGAGGAUCUACUGCGUGCCGAUAAGCUUGGCAAAUGGUGGAUAGUUGGAUCAGCUUGGGCGGGAAAUUUGGCCGAAAUGGGCCCGGCACAAGCGGAGCAAGAGAAGCAACAACAGCAAGCACGAGGGGAGCGUUACUCGGAAAAGCUACUGCAGCUGGCCAAGAAACAGCAUAUGAACACAGCCGAGCGUCGCAGCAUCUUCUGUAUUAUCAUGAGCGCCGCCGACUAUGUGGAUGCAUUCGAAAAGAUCCUACAUUUAUCCCUGAAAGAUCAGCGAACCGUUGCCUAUGUGAUCAUACACUGUGCGCUGAAUGAGCGACAUGCGAAUCCCUACUAUGCCCACCUCGCACUGAAAUUCUGCCAAUACAAUCGCAAGUUUCAGCUGGCCUUUCAGUUCGCCAGUUGGGAUCGCAUCAAUGACAUUGAAUCCCUUUCAAAAAUUCAGAUACGCAACUUCGCCAGCUUCCUGCAGCAGCUGAUCCUUUCGUCUGGCCUGCAGCUGUCCGUACUAAAAGUUGUGGACUUUAUGCAGCUGCAUAAACUUAGUUUUUAUUUUAUGCGCGAAAUCAUGACGCGGCUGCUGCUGUCCAGCGAGGAGAGUCAACUCUACCAGGCAUUCGAGCGAAUAACCAAGAACUCGAAGCUGCAGCAGUUCAAGCAGAGUAUUCGCUUAUUCAUGCAGCACUUUAUGCUCGAGAAGCUGGAGGAUCACAAGGAGGAGCAGCAACAGCUUCUGCGACAGCGCAUCGAGCACCUGGACAAGCUAUUGGCUUAUGUAGAUUUGUAAAUUACAACAUUUUGCCUAAUGUUUAUUAAACUCUAAUAAUUAACAACGCA